AUGCUUUUCAGCCAAGACUCCGAUGCGCUCCAGCUGUGCGUAAACAGCGCCAUGUUCGAAAGCGACGAGCAGAUGACCGAGGAGCGCUCUCCGAGCUCAGUGCCCUCCAGCCCGCUGUCCGUGAACUCCGACUCCAGCAGCACCAGCCCCGAAGCCAGGUCUGCCUCGAUACAGCAGAGGGUCCGGAGGCCCCUGAACGCCUUCAUCAUCUGGACCAAAGAGGAGCGCAGGCGGCUGGCGCAGCUCAACCCAGACUUGGAGAACACGGACCUGAGCAAAAUACUCGGAAAAACCUGGAAGUCCAUGUCCUUGGCUGAGAAGCGUCCAUACAUGCAGGAGUCUGAGCGUCUCAGAGUCCAGCACACCAUUGACCAUCCCAACUACAAGUACAGGCCUCGGCGGAGGAAGCAGCUGAAGAAGAGCUCCAAGCCUCAGACUCCACAAACAUCUCUGCCUUCGCACUGCGAUCCGGGCUACGGGCUGCCGUACCACCUCACAUACCUGCUCCAGAACCAGCAGCAGACCUUCCAGAACACACCUGUUUUCCCACCUUCCACGGCCAACAUCGCCCCUUUGAAUGACAGCUACACAAACAGCCCAGUUUUCCCAGAUCCAGCAGCAGCAGCAGCAGACGCUUUCCCAAACAACCCGGCCAUGUACUCAAACCCACCUCCCUACCAAGCAGAGCCUCAGGCGUGUUUUGGCGGUCAGCAGAUGCAGUACGGUUCCUCCAGCUCUGCAGGUCCUCAGGUGGAGCAGAGGGAGUCCAGGGUUCACAGGGGCCCACAGUGUCCUGCUGUGCCCUCCCUGGAGUUUUACUUAGAACAGGUUCAGCUGGACAUGCUGUACGAUCUGGACCGCAGCGAGUUCGAACAGUACCUCCACCCAAUACUUCAGAGGCCGGAGUCAGCGGAUCCCAGCAGCUGCCAGCAGCAGAACAACUACAGAGGAGGACACUCACUGUCAUAA